GGGCUCGUCUAUCUCUCUCUGUCAGUAAGUAUGUCGGUUCUUCGGUUCUGUAUGUGAGUUCGGGGUUCGAUCAUCAUCAUGUCCUCCGCGGGAUCAUGCGGACCGGCACCGGGACCGAAUCACGGCGGUUCUGGUCCCUCAAACCCGCGAAAGUUCAGCGAGAAGAUCGCGCUCCACACGCAGAGACAGGCUGAGGAGACCGCGGCGUUCCAGCAGGUCAUGAUGGACAUCACCUCCACCCGGGUCCAGGCACAGAAGGUCCGGCUGGCCAGAUCUCAGGGCCCGUAUUACGGCGGAUCUCUGCCAAACGUCAACCAGAUCGGCAGGAGCACCUCAGAACUGCAGGAGGGCUCGUUCCACUCUCCGCUGGACUCCAGUCGCUCCACUCGGCAUCAUGGUCUGGUGGAGCGAGUGCACAGGGACCGGCACUUCGUCUCUCCCAGCAGACCCUACAGGAGACACAUGGACACCCCUCACAGCAGCGCUGUGUAUCUGACUCCGCCCCCUGACCCCAGCUGGAGAAGGAACUGGAACAGUAACUUUCCCUCGGACAAGAGCCAGAUGUUCCCCCAGCUGCCCACCGGCGCGCUCAACAGAACGAACUCGGACUCUGCGCUCCACACGAGUGUGAUGAACCCGCCGGCUGCAGACACCUUCUCUGCCGGACUCUCGCUCGCGGCGCAGGGCCGACGGGCCGUUUUCUCCUAUCCAGUUCCUCCCAUCGAGGAGAACGGCCCGGAUGACGGACGCCUGCUCAAACCCUGGGACUCCAGGAAGCUGCCGCUGCUCUCUUCACGACCACGGUCCUGUGAGGUGCCUGGAAUCACUGUGUUUCCCUCUCCGGACCAGCAGGGCGGCGCCGCUCACGGCCCGUCAGUGUUGAACACGGGCGGCUCGCUGCCGGAUCUGUCCAGCCUGCACUUCCCGUCUCCUCUCCCCACGCCGCUGGACCCGGACGAGCCCGGAUACCCGUCGCUCAGUACCGGGAACCUGACCUGCACCCUCACCCAGCUGGGCAUCGCCGGCUCCCUCCACUCCUCAGGUCUGCUGCCGUCUCUGCAGGGCACGUCGAGUAGCCCCUCCCUCCAGUCGUCGCUUAGCAACCCCAACAUCCAAUCAUCUCUCAGCAAUCACUCAUUCCCGAGCUCCGCCUCCCUGCACUCGUCGCUGAGCAACCCCUCCCUGCAGUCCUCGUUAAGCUCCUCCCCCUCUCUGAGGUCAUCGCUCAGCAGCCAGUCGUUGCAGUCGUCCCUCAGUAGCUCCUCCCUCCAGUCGGCAGCCAGUAACCCCAGUAACACCAGCUUCUCGGGCUCCUUCGCUGCGCUCGGCCCUGGACAGGUGCAGAUGAACACGUCCCCCCGCAGGCGAGCGCAGCUGACCCCCGUGACCCUGCCGCAGGACACGCGCCGACACCACCCCAAACAGUUCUCGCCCACCUCGUCCUCGCUCGGCUCCAUCACACAGGGAGUGGCUCUGGACACCAGUAAGCUGCUGGGGGAUCAGAGGUCGUCUCAGUAUUCUUUCGGACAGUCGGUUCAGAAAGGUCUUGUUCCUGCGCAGACACACACACACACACACACGCUCCGCCCGUCAUCACAGACCGCGCAGCUUCAUCUACACAACAUGCAAAACCUGCACAAGACGCAGAACUUCCAGCUGCAGCGGCCCAAUCAGAACCAGAGCCCGAGCGCGGGGAGUGUGUGUCCGGCGGACGAGCAGAGCCGCAUCAGCGAGCUGGACCUGUACAACGACACCAUGUUCCUGAACUCUCUGCUGGACGACCCGUACCUGGACCUGCAGUUAACCAGCCGUCAGAACCAGAACCUGAGUCUGAGCCAGCAGUUGGGUCUGGACUGUCCUGAUCUGGGCUCGGGGUCGGGGUCAGUGAAGGCUCCGGGUCAGCAGGGGGCGCUGGACCUGCUGGACUCCUCAGAGUGUCAGGCGUACGCAGACGGGCGGCACACGGUGCCCAACAUCCUCCUGACCGAUUCUCCGUCGGGCCUGUCGAAGGAGAUCACACACGCGCUGUCGGGCGUCCCGGGCUUCGAGAUGGACCCGUUCUGCUCGGACGACCCGCUGGCGCUGGAGGGUCUGGCAUGCUGACGGACGGGGACCUGAUGCUGGCCGA